AUGACGCGUGUGGCAAUCGCAGGAUCCGGCGACGUGGCCCGCUACUUCACAGAAGAGCUGGUACGGGCUGGCCACGAGGUGGUGAUCCUGAUGCGCAGCCACAAACCACAGUCCACCGGUCCAGGAACGAGCCAGUUCGUGACCGACUAUUCUUUGGAGUCAGUUAGCAAGGCGAUCGUGGACUGCGAUGUCUUGAUCUCCACGAUCCUGGACUAUUCCAUGGACUUGGUCGACGUGCAUUUGACCCUCAUCGAAGCGUGCAAGAAGAGUCCCAAAUGCAAGCGCUUCAUUCCAUCCGAGUACGGGGCCGACCUCGAAAGGCACCCGGACCAGCCGGCCUUCUACUACGCCAACCAUGAGCCGGUCCGCAAAGCCCUGCGAGACCAGACGGAGAUCGAGUGGACGCUGGUGUGUGUCGGCUGGCUCAUGGACUAUAUCGUCCCCAGCCGGAACAGAUACCUCAAGGACAUAGGGGGCGCAUUCCCCAUCGACCUCGGCAGCGGGACCGCCGAGAUCCCUGGCCCCGGCGACCUGCCGUUCAACCUCACGGCCGCGCGGGAUGUGGCCAAGGCAAUCGCCGCUCUGGUCAGCGCCCCUGCACAGUCGUGGGAGACGCUUACCUUCGUAUCCGGAGAUCAGACCACCUGGAAGGACCUUGUCAGCGUGAUGCAGACAAGGAUCCCCGGGCUGCAAGUCACCCACAAGAGUCUGGACCAGCUGAAGGAGGCUGCUCGGAGUGCGGGCGACGAUUGGGCGAGGCUCGUGGCUGAGUACCAGAUCUUCUCCGCCGGUGAUGCUGGCUCACUGAACCCCGAGAAGGUCCGGCGCCACAGAGAGAAGUAUUUUGGGCACAUUCACUUCCGGACCGUGCCCGAGGUCUUGCAGGCAGCUGAGGAGAAUCCACAAGCAAUUGUUUAG